AUGACUCCCGAACUUCCUCCCUGGAGGACGAGGGUGCAACGAUUUGGCCGAGAAUAUGGCGCCUACAGAAUUGGACAAUAUAUGUUUCCCCACGACGAGGCCGAGAAGAGGAGGAUGGAUAUGGUGCACACAAUGCUCAAGGUCCUGAGACCAAAGCAUCGACGAAUCACGGAAGUCCCUCACGAAAUUCUCCGAAUUCAGACAGAUGGGUGGGACGAUCGACCUCGUCGGCCUCGGGUCCUCGACCUGGGUUGCGGCACCGGCGUCUGGAUCAUCGACAUGUCACACACCUUCAAGGAUGCCGAGUUCAGGGGCGUUGACAUACAGUUCCAAGGGCCCCCGAAUCCCAGUGAUUCUGUCGACUACACCGUGCCCUGGGAUUACGAGGGUCCGUGGGCUUUGGGCGAAGCAUCUUGGGAUCUUAUUCACCUUCAAAUGGGAUUGGGCAGUGUUGCAAACUGGGACAGGCUCUUUGAGAAAAUUUUCGCCCACCUCGUUCCCGGGGGUUACUUUGAGUGGGUCGAGUUUGAUUUCGAGCCUCGAUGUGAUGACGGUACGCUACAACAUGGCAAACUGACAGAGUGGUGGGAUCUCUAUAUCAAGUCUACGUACGAAGCAGCUGGUCGUCGUCUGCACUGGGAUCCAUCAGCAGUGGACACGUUGAGGCGCGUGGGCUUCAGGGAUGUCCAGCAUAUUGUAUUCCAGAUUCCGUUGAAUACCUGGGGCAAGAACGAGGACUAUAUGUAUCGCAUGUCACAAUGGUGGCAGCUGAUGAUGGGUCCCGACUGGAACGGUGGAGGUGCCUAUGGGCUUGAAGCCAUCAGCCUUGCGCCUCUGUGCACGUUCUCUAAUUGGCCUCCUGAUCACGUCAAACGCCUUUGCAACGAAGCCCUGGGCCAGGCUGCCGAUACUAAUGUCCACGUCUACAACCAAAUCCAUAUCAUCACGGCCAGAGCACCUCGCCGCAAUGAACAAUAG